AUGAGCCCUCCCGCCGCCGUCUCGCCCCCCCAGCGAACCGCUGAACUCGUCACCCCGUCCAAGAUGGCCGUUGCCCAGCCGCAGCAGCACCUCGAGGCCCAGGCCAAGUCCGUCUCGGACAUGUUCGGCCAGUGGGACUCGUUCACCUUCUCGCCCAUCCGCGAGUCCCAGGUGUCGCGCGCCAUGACCCGCCGCUACUUCGAGGACCUCGACCGCUACGCCGAGUCCGACAUUGUCAUCAUCGGCGCCGGCUCCUGCGGCCUCAGCACCGCCUACGUCCUCGGCACCCAGCGCCCGGACCUCAAGAUUGCCAUCAUCGAGGCCUCCGUCUCCCCCGGCGGCGGUGCCUGGCUGGGCGGCCAGCUCUUCUCCGCCAUGGUCAUGCGCAAGCCUGCCGAUGCCUUCCUCCGCGAGAUUGGCGUCCCGUACGAGGACGAGGGCAACUACGUCGUCGUCAAGCACGCCGCCCUCUUCACCUCCACCAUCAUGGCCAAGGUGCUGCAGCUACCCAACGUCAAGCUCUUCAACGCCACCUGCGUCGAAGACCUCAUCACCCGCCCCUCUGCCGAGGGCGUGCGCAUCGCCGGUGUCGUCACCAACUGGACCCUCGUCUCCAUGCACCACGACGACCAGUCCUGCAUGGACCCCAACACCAUCAACGCGCCCCUCGUCAUCUCCACCACCGGCCACGACGGCCCCAUGGGUGCCUUCUGCGUCAAGCGCCUUGUCAGCAUGGGCCGCAUCGAGAAGCUUGGCGGCAUGCGCGGCCUCGACAUGAGCAGGGCUGAGGAUGCCAUUGUCAAGAACACCCGUGAGGUUGUUCCCGGCCUGAUUGUCGGAGGAAUGGAGCUGUCUGAGAUUGACGGAGCCAACCGCAUGGGUCCUACCUUUGGUGCCAUGGCCCUCAGCGGUGUCAAGGCUGCCGAGGAGGCUCUCAAGGUCUUUGAGGCCCGCCGCAAGGAGAAUGCUCAGUAA